AUGCUUGCCGAUGGUGUUCAGAUUCGCAACAAGGGUCUCGACUCGAUGGAGGUGGACACCCUGUACCACAUCGGAUUUUCUACGAAUCAAAGCCUGAAAGAAAUGUUUGGCGACGUUCGGUUUGUCUGCAUGGGCGGAACCGCUUACAGGAUGGAGAAACUCGCUCGGAACAUCGUUCGAGACUUUGGGAUCAAAUUGCCCACGGGAACUGAUCUCUGUGAUCUGUCAAUGCAUUCGCAUAGAUAUUCCAUGUUCAAAGCGGGACCCGUGCUGUGUGUUGGGCACGGGAUGGGAGCGCCGUCGGUCUCGAUUCUUCUUCACGAACUUUUCAAGCUGCUGUACUACGCAGAGGCUAAGGACGUGAUUUUCAUCCGAAUGGGAACGUCCGGCGGUUUGGGCUUGCCGCCUGGAUCCAUCGUUGUGAGCAAGAAAGUGAUCAACGAAUUCGGCGAGACGAGCCAUCCUUUCGCGGUUUUAGGCCGACGCAUCGAUCGACCUUGUGUCCUUCCUCAAGAUCUGGCCGAUGAAAUCAUAAACGUCGGCCGGGCAGUUUGUCCUGAUGUCACCGUCGUGGGAGCAACCACCAUGAGUGCCAACGACUUCUACGAGGGUCAAGCCCGCCUCGAUGGGGCUUUCUGCGACUACACAGCGGCCUGUAAGCAGGCCUUUCUCUCGGAGCUUCACUCUGAGCGCGGAGUCACCAACAUCGAGAUGGAGAGCUCCGUUUUCUCAGCCAUGUGUCAUCAUGCAGGCAUUAAAGCGGCGGUCGUUUGCGUCACCAUCGUCGAACGUCUCCAAGAAGACCAGAUCACGUGCCGCGCUAUUUCUUUGGACGAAGCGCAGAUGCGUCUACAGAGCAUAGUCAUGGCAUUCAUCAAGGAAAAACUCCAUUGGGGAUUGUGA